GGGGGGGGCGAGGGGCGCGACCUGCCGCAGCCCCGCCGGCCUUCCCCGCUGCGCUCUUGGACCCUCUCCGUCUCCUCCUCUGUCCCUCCUUCCCUCCCCGCUGAGCUCCCCGUCCCCGCCGCCGCUCCCGAGGGCAGUCGCAGCGGGCGCUGCCCAUGCAGGGGGCGGCGCGGGGCGCGGCGCCCCGAGGAGACGCCGCCGCUGCCGCCGCUGCGGGCGGGGUGGAGGUCUCAAAUUGAAUUCUAUGUGUUUUGUGGAAGCGGACAGCUGGAUAGUGGAGAGGUUAUACCAUGGCUCCAGCUGAGAGAAGCAGUAAGGUAUGCUUGGCAGUGAUUAUGGACUAUUUAUUUGCAUCAGAUACUCUUAUAUGAAAAUACCACGCUUCCAAAGAGCUUAAAUAUUAUUUUAUCUUCUGAAACAGAAUGGCAGGCUUCAAACGAGGAUAUGAUGGAAAAAUUGCAGGAUUGUAUGACUUGGAUAAAACUUUGGGCAGAGGCCAUUUUGCUGUGGUCAAACUUGCUCGGCAUGUCUUUACAGGUGAAAAAGUAGCAGUAAAAGUCAUUGACAAGACCAAACUGGACACUCUUGCCACGGGACAUCUCUUUCAAGAAGUCAGGUGCAUGAAAUUAGUGCAGCAUCCCAACAUUGUGCGGCUAUAUGAAGUGAUUGACACCCAAACAAAGCUUUAUCUCAUCUUAGAGCUAGGGGAUGGUGGAGAUAUGUUUGAUUACAUCAUGAAACAUGAAGAAGGGCUCAAUGAGGAUCUGGCAAAAAAAUACUUUGCUCAAAUAGUUCAUGCUAUAUCCUACUGCCAUAAACUGCAUGUAGUUCAUAGAGACUUAAAACCAGAGAAUGUGGUUUUCUUUGAAAAACAAGGACUUGUGAAAUUGACUGAUUUUGGCUUUAGCAACAAAUUUCAGCCUGGAAAGAAGCUCACCACAAGCUGUGGAUCUCUUGCCUAUUCUGCUCCUGAAAUUUUACUUGGGGAUGAAUAUGAUGCACCAGCAGUGGAUAUAUGGAGUUUGGGGGUCAUCCUCUUCAUGUUGGUCUGUGGCCAGCCACCAUUCCAAGAAGCAAAUGACAGUGAAACUCUGACUAUGAUAAUGGACUGCAAAUACACAGUGCCACCUCAUGUGUCCAAAGAAUGUAAAGAUCUCAUUACACGGAUGUUGCAGAGAGACCCGAAGCGAAGGGCAUCUUUGGAAGAGAUUGAAAACCAUGCCUGGCUCCAAGGAGUUGAUCCAUCUCCUGCAACCAAGUAUAAUAUUCCUCUGGUAUCAUACAAAAAUCUGUCUGAGGAGGAGCACAACAGUAUAAUACAGCGCAUGGUUCUUGGGGACAUUGCAGACCGAGACACCAUCGUGGAGGCACUGGAGACUAACAAAUACAAUCACAUCACUGCUACUUACUUCUUACUAGCUGAAAGGAUUCUGCGAGAAAAACAAGAGAAGGAAAUUCAGACCAGAUCUGCAAGCCCCAGCAACAUCAAAGCUCAGUUCAGGCAGUCGUGGCCGACAAAAAUUGAUGUCCCCCAGGAUCUGGAGGAUGACCUUACAGCAACCCCUCUCUCCCACACCACUGUUCCGCAGUCCUCACCGGCUCGCACGGCUGAGAACGUUCUCAACGGGCACCGCAGCAAGGCGCUUGGGGAUUCGGCAAAGAAGGAGGAGAUCCCUGAACUGGCUGGGCCAGCACUUGCAGCAGUUCCAUCAGUCAGCUUAAAACCCACCACAAGUGGCCGGAAGUGCUUGUUCAGAGUAGAAGAAGAUGAAGAGGAGGAUGAGGAAGAUAAAAAACCUAUUUCUCUUUCUACUCAAGUUGUCCUGCGUCGUAAGCCUUCAGUUACAAAUCGUCUUACUUCGAGAAAGAGCGCACCAGUCCUCAACCAGAUCUUCGAGGAGGGCGAGUCAGAUGAUGAGUUUGACAUGGACGAGAACUUGCCCCCAAAGCUCAGCAGGUUAAAGAUGAACAUCGCCUCACCCAGCACGGUGCACAAACGCUACCACCGGAGGAAAAGCCAGGGCCGGGGCUCCAGCUGCAGCAGCUCCGAAACCAGUGAUGAUGACUCGGAAAGCAGGAGGCGUCUGGACAAGGACAGCGGGUUUACUUACUCCUGGCACAGGCGGGAUAGUAGCGAAGGGCCGCCUGGCAGCCAGGGAGAUGGCGGUGGACAAAGCAAACCAAGCAAUGGAAACGGAGGGGUGGACAAAACGAGCCCAGGCGACAACAACAAAGGUGGAGGGAGUCCCUCCGGUGGCUCUGGUGGGAGCACCAACACCACCUCGGGUUCCACUCGGAGAUGCGCUGGAUCUGGAAACUCGAUGCAGCUGUCAUCCAGAAGUGCAGGGGAACUGGUUGAAAGCCUGAAGCUAAUGAGCCUUUGCCUAGGUUCACAGAUUCAUGGCAGCACGAAAUACAUUAUCGAUCCUCAAAACAAUCUGUCCUUUUCCAGUGUAAAAGUACAGGAGAAAUCAACGUGGAAAAUGUGUAUAAGCUCCAGUGGAAGUGCAAACCAGGCUGCAUCAUUGGGCAGCCUAAAGUUUUUUUCCGACCAAAUGUCAGACACAACAAACGAAUUGGAACGGCUAAAGAACAGGAACUUGAAAAACAAUGUGCUACAACUACCUCUCUGUGAAAAGAUAUCUGUGAAUAUUCAGCGGAACCCAAAGGAGGGGCUGCUGUGUACCUCCAGUCAAACCAGUUGUUGUCACGUCAUUUGACAAUGACCUGGCUCGAACAGCUCGAUCUGCUUGACAGCGUCAUCCUUCCUGGUCAGAGCUGUGAACACCUUGUCACACACCCCCUUUUGUUGUCUUAAGAUUUUUAAGUGGGCUUCGAGCAGUUAUUUAUUAUACUUUAAUUUUGUGUUUGCUUGAUGGUAUGACAAUGCAUGGUCUUUGCAUGCUGCUAGCAGAUAUGUUUUUCUUUUUCAACACAACAGAAUAUUUUAUUGUGUAAUUUUUACAUUUAUAAUUUUACUAUUGAAGAUCUGGAUUAAAUUAAAAUAAAGAUCUGGAUCCUAAUGUAAAUGAAGCACUUAGAAGUUUCAUGUUCUGCACUUAAACUAGAGAGAGAAGCUCUUGUUUGCUUAUGAAAUGUUAAUUCUUGUUCUGACCUUCUGUGAAAACUAAAAUAUGUGAUAUGUGGCAUACUUCUAUGUGUCUGAAACAGAACCAAAGCAAUAAUGUUUUGAUGCUGAAAACUCUUCAGGGAGCUUUCAGAUGUUCCAAGGCUUGUACAAAGCAAAGAUGCACUGAAAAUUAGUGAUCUUGAAAUAUAAUUUUAAACCCACACCUAUUUGUCUUAAGCUAUGAUAUGGAUGAAGUUGUGGCUCAAAAAUCAAACUGAAAAGAUCUUGUUUUGCUAGAGGCAGUUUUCUUAAAAAAAAAAAAAAAAA